AUGCACCGCACCACGCUGCCCUGCGGGCUUGCCGCAAGGCAGGCGGUGCAGAUUCGUUGUACGUUGAGGCACAUCCCGCAUGUUGCAGCAUACCGGCAGGAGAGAUUGGGCGUGCGCCGGCAAGAGGCACUCCACGGUUCACCAACCCUCUGCCUCGCCUCUGCCAGGCCUCGCGCUGUCAGCACCAUCGAGGGCCUCAGCGAGCGUUGUCAAGGGCUCGUAGGCAGCCGCGGCCAAGCCACCCAGUCCGCAGCGAACGCCCUCAAGGUCCCGGAGAUCAAAGAGGAGCUGCACAAUCUUGGCGUGAAUGUUCCGUCCGGAGCGAAGAAGGCGGAACUCGUCUCGCUCCUCGUCGACGCCGUGAACGACCUCCUACACACCAACAACAGCGCUGCAGCUCACCCUCACGCCAGCGAUCAGGCGCCACAUCAAGCUGCCAGGGCUGUUCGACCUAGCCCUGGCUCCUCCUCGGCGCCCAGGGAGCGCGGACAGAGUCGCAGCAGGGCGCCCGCCACGGGGAUGGACAUCACGUGGUUGGGAACGUCGUCGGGGUCGCCAACCCUCUCCCGGAACGUGUCGGGCGCGGCGAUCAGGACGUCGGCAGGGUCCGUGUGGCUCGUGGACUGCGGCGAAGGCUCGGCGCGGCAGCUCGAGCGCACCGGAAAGGUCGAGGCGGCGCGCGUAACCCGCAUCUUCAUCACGCACCUGCACGGCGACCACGUGUACGGGCUGCCCAACAUGGUCGCUCACGUCGACCGGUCCCGCAAGGACACGCCGUUCGAGGGCACGCCGCUGCACGUGUACGGCCCGGUGGGGACGCACGACUUCGUGCUGGCGUCGUUGGAGACGAGCGGGAUCGUGCUGUCGGCGCCCGUCCUGGUGACCGAGUGGGUGCUGAGUCACGAGAAGGCACACCCCGCGCGGCCGACGGGCGUCGACGGCAUGCUGCACCGAGCCCGUGCCGCCCCGAACAUGACGGGCCCGCCGUCGCCCGGAGCACGGCAGGGGCGUGGUUCCGGGGGGCGCAGCAACAACAGCAACCGUCUGGUGCGGAACCUCGAAGAGUGGUCCGAGAGCUACAUCACGGCGAGCGUGCCGCGGUGGACCGUGCAGUGCGAACGCGGGCAUGUCGUGGAGGCCCGGCAGCUGCUGCACAAGGUCCCGUGCUGGGGCUACGUCAUCACAGAGCCUGACCGGACGGAGCUGGGCGCGCUGGUGCGCAGCAAAGUGGAGGCGGCGGGCCUGGACCCAACGGACAGCGCAGUGAUGGGGAAGCUGAUGCUUGGGGAGGCGGUCGUGGCGCCGAGUGGGCGGGCAGUGGCCCCAGAGGACGUCCGUGUGCCGCCCCUGCGUGGCCGCAAGGUGGUUGUGCUGGGGGACACGCACAAUAGCACGCACAUCGAGGACGCGGCGGCGGGCGCAGACCUGCUGGUCCACGAGGCGACAUUUUCGCGAGGGAUGGAGCUGAAGGCGGCGAUCGCGGGGCACUCGACGAGCACGAUGGCGGGUCGCUUUGCGGCGCGUGUGGGGGCGCGCGCUCUCGUGCUGACGCACUUCAGUCCGCGGUACGCCGCGCUGCCGGACAACGUGGACGGCAGCGGGCUGAAUGCGCUGCUGGAGAAGCAGGAGCGGUUGCAGGAGCGGGAGGUGAUGCAGUUGAUCAAGGAGGCGCGGCGGGAGUUUCGCGGCGAGGUGAAGGCGGCGCGGGACUUCCUGACGAUCGACAUUCCUGCCCUGCCACUCGACACGCCAUGGGAGCAGCCCGACCCGGACCCGGCGCCGCUGCGCCUGGACUACCAGAGGCUGGCAAGCGCGGGCAGGCGCGACAACGACAGCGCUGGAGGAGGGUCGAGGAAGCGCGGGCGGUCGCAAGGGCGACCGCCCAGGGCUGGCAAUCGCAGGUAG